AAUACGUCAUUAAAAGUCAUUUUCAUUAGUCACCGAUAAUUUAAUAUUUAAGCCGCAUUGAGUUUUGUUGUAGUUGAUUCUUUACCGUGUUGUGCUGCUGCUAGUAUUGUAGCUGCUGAUUUUUUGUUGUAAGAGUAGAUUUUACAAAGUGCCACAAUGAGUUUACAGUGGACGAUCAUCGCGACGUUCUUGUACGCCGAAAUCGCAAUCGUGCUUCUCUUGACAUUGCCGAUCGCAAGUCCAUCAAAAUGGCAGAGAUUUUUCAAGUCAAAAUUCCUCGCUUACAUAAGUGGUCAAGCGUCUAUUUACUUCUUAAUUCUUAUUGGAGUGUUAGUACUAUGCCUUCUCGAUGCCAUCCGCGAGAUGCAGAAAUACUCAAACAUCGAGUCUUCAGACCACCAGCACUUGGAUGCAGAGAUGCAAGGUAACAUGAGGCUGUUCCGUGCGCAGAGAAACUUCUACAUUUCUGGGUUUGCGCUAUUUUUGCUGGUAGUAAUUCGCCGGUUGGUCCAAUUGAUUUCGGAGUUGGCGACUCUUUUGGCACAGUCCGAGGCUAACUUCCGUCAAGCGCAAAGCGCAACAGUCACAGCCAGAACGCUUCUGGAUCAGGCUGGCGCCGGUGACGAGAAGAAUAAGAAAGAGUUAGAGGAACUGAAGAGCCAAAUCACUCUGCUGGAGAAGGAAUUGAACAAAGAGAAGAAGGACAAGGAAGCUGUGAAAUCCCAGGCUGAGAGCCUCAACAAGGAGUAUGACAGACUUGCUGAGGAGCACAGCAAACUGCAGAAGAAGCUGACAGUGGCCAGUGGAGGGGACAGCAAGAAGGAUGAAUAGAUUUGUUCAUUGUAUAAAUCAUGGUCUGAUAAGUUAGUGAUGUUUAAAGUCCAAUUCUAUUUAUCAAGUCUUCACAUCACUGUUUAAUGCUAAAUGAACAACUUGGGAACAUAUUUGGCAUCAUUCUAUUUAAAAUAUGCUAUGAUGUAAUUGUGAUUCCAGUUAAUUCUAGAUCUAUGAAUAGGUUGCCUUAUUUUUGUUGUAAGAUCUACAAAAUUUGUUUACACAUCUAAUUAAUGUUUAUCUUCUAACAAAUCUGAUAUUAAUCUAAUGUCCACAUAAUUAUUGUUAAACUAAUUAGAUACUAAUGGCAUUAUUGAGAGUAAUGUUUUGCAUUUAUUUUUGUUACAUCCAAACGUAAAACGUAAAAUAAUAGCUUCCAUACAAUUGUACCAUUGUUAAUCGAUUAGCAGAAUCCAUUAUAAAUGUAAUACUGUACACAAAACAUGGUUGAUAAAUAAUAUUUAUAUAAUUCUUGUUGUGUGAGAGUGGAAUGAAUAUUUUUCAAUGCUUUCUAAAGCACUUUUUGUGCACACAUUACUUCUCAGGUAUUUUUGUAAAACAUGAAAAUGAUAAGUACUAUGUAAGUUGAUUUGUAUAACAAAAAGUCUGAAUUGUUAAUUUAUUUGUUUUAUUUUUUAUUAUAAAGACAAGCAAUGCAUAAUUUAUUGUAAUAUAAACCAGUUUGCAAUGUCGAUGAAAUCAUAAAAUUUUUGUUUUCUUUUUUAAUCUACCCUAAACAUACCUUUUCUGUGAAUUUUUGUUAUGUAAUAUUAUUAUUGCCUUAGUAUGUCUUUGGUUGCUUCGAAUGUUGAGAAUCAAAGUUCAAAGUGCAUUUUUACCCAGUUUUACUAAAUAAAUGAUGAGUCAUCUAACAUUGCGUAUUUUGAACAUAAUAUGUUUAGCAUAUUUCGUCAUUCAAGAAUUCCAAGGUUUACUUCCUUACAUUGCCGGAAAAUUGAUACUAGAAUGACGAAAUAACUUCGCGGCUUUUUACUUAGAUGCAUAGAAUUUUCUCAAAAUAAUAACUAUCAUGUUAAUUUCUAAUGUUUGUGGGAUGUUCAACCUGUUAAUUUUAUCACAGACAUCGAGCAUUAAACUAAAAUAAUUAAAAUUUGAUUUGAUUUGAAUGAUAGAAAGCAGAGGUGAAAAAAUAUUCAUAAUGGUAAAUACUGGUUCAAUGACCUUUUGACAUAAUUGUUUUUUUUGCCCGUUAUGGGUGAAGGUCAUUACUUAGAAAUACUAUUUUUUAAUUAAUUAAUUAAUUUUUUAUCAAUUAAUUAUUGUGUAAUUUAUUUUUUGUUUUUACUCUGUGUUUGUGGUAAAUAUAAUAAAAUUAUUUUGUAUAGUUACGAAUAUAUUGUGUCGGGUUGUUAUGGGUAGUCUAGUAAAAAGGAAAGGGUUUGUUUGUGAUUUGUACUCUUAUACUAUUUUCAGUGUUGCUUCGAAAUAAAUUUGUAUUUUUA